AUGCCAAAUAGUGCUCUGAAACAAGGCCCAAAAAAUGAAAAUGCUUCUCCCUCUAAAGGUCACGUCCCAAGUUUUUGGAAACAGUUCAUAAACAACCCCAAAAGUAUGUCAUCAGAGAGUAUCAGUGUCCCCAGGUCACCAACUUCACUUUCCAGAAGUGCCCAACCAACGACUUUAAAGAGGCCUCCGCUGUCUUCGAGACCAUACUCAUAUAAUACUCCAACGAAAGAUAGGAAAUCCUUCUCCAAAUCCGCAAAACAGAACAGUAGCAGCAACAACACUAAUGCGGGGACAUCGCCCCACGCAGAGUUUAAAAAUUAUAGAGAUAUGUUUUUAUCUAAUAGAAAUGGCUUCACUGGCAGGGUUUUUGGUGUCACUUUAGCUGAAUCGUUAAGUGUUGCCAGUGCGGAAGUCAUUGUUCAAAGCGAACUAGUUAGUUUCGGUAGGAUACCUAUCGUGGUGGCUAAGUGCGGUGCUUACUUGAAAGCAAAUGGUUUAGAGACCUCAGGUAUAUUUCGUAUCGCAGGCAAUGGCAAAAGAGUAAAAGCACUCCAGUAUAUUUUUUCUUCCCCCCCUGAUUACGGUACCAAAUUUAACGAUUGGGAAACAUAUACAGUGCACGACGUUGCAUCGCUCCUGAGAAGAUACCUCAACAAUCUAGCGGAACCAUUAAUACCCCUAGCGCUAUAUGAGCAAUUCAGAGAUCCGCUAAGAGCUAAACCGAGAAUCCUAAGACAUAUGCUGACCCAUGAAGUUUCUCAUCCCAAUGCCAAUAAACUGAAUAACGCGACAGCGAAAUCCAGCAGACAAAAUUAUAAUGAUGAAGGCGCUAAUGAUGGUGAUAUUGAAAAGGACGAAAUCAAAGAUGACGAAGAAAAAAGAAGAAGAAAAAUACGUCACAAGAGGAGACUCACACGUGAUAUCAGAGCAGCUAUAAAGGAAUACGAAGAACUAUUUGUUACAUUAUCCAACGACACAAAACAGCUGACGAUAUACCUGUUAGAUCUCUUAAGUCUUUUCGCCAGACAAUCACAACUAAAUCUGAUGUCUGGAAGAAACCUAGCCGCCAUUUUCCAACCUUCAAUAUUAUCACAUCCUCAACAUGAUAUGGACCCCAAAGAAUAUGAACUUUCUCGACUGGUAGUGGAAUUCUUAAUCGAAUAUUCCUAUAAGUUGUUACCUCAUCUUCUGAAGUUAGCUAAAAAGGAGCAGCAAGAAAGGCUAUCGAAUGAAAAAAAAGAUAUCGACGCAAAUAAACAAAAAUCUGAUCCUAUACCAAUACCGAAGAUCACCUCAUCAGAUGUUCCACCAAUAGCCCCUUCAAACCCAUAUCCGCCAACAAUUGACAACAGUAAUAAAUUCAAUCAUCCAACAUUAUCACCAAUAUCUACUUCAAUUCCAGAAAACUCAUCAGACGUACAGACUUCUAAAAUGUUGAAACCUCCGAAGCAAAGACGACCUCACUCGAAGUCUUUUGGUUCUACUCCUGUGCCUCCAGAUGUGAUUGCUAGUAAUAAAAGGCGGACAAGCCUAUUCCCAUGGUUACACAAACCCGGUAUCCUGAGUGACACUGGUGACAAUGGCGAUUUGACCGGUACUGAAGCUGAAGGCGAUGACUAUGAAGACGAAAAUAUUGAUCCAUACAGUCAAUCUCCAUCAAGUAUGCAGUCGGGCUCUUUACCAAAGCAACAUCAUUUACCAAUUCCGCAGAUGAACAGAUCGUUGAGUGGGAACAGUACCUCGUCGUCAUUCAACACUAGGCCAAUCUCGAUGAUAUUGACUGGUGCCAAUAAUAAUUCAGCGGAUCAUUUAGAAUUACUAGACAAUGCUCACAGCAAUAAUGGGGAGCGAAAUCAUGCUUCUCCACUAACUGAAGACGAUGAUGAGGAAAGGAAUUCAAGAUCACGGAAGAGGGAAUCCUGGUUUCAGAGAUUAACGAGCCGAUCAGGCUCAGCAAACAGAGCUCAAUAA